GUCCAGUUCGGUCAUGCUGGUGCGUGCGCUAGCAAAGACAUCGAAACUGCGGUGCGGAAAAAUCAAGCGUUACGCGAAGCGGGUGCCCUUGUUCCUGACAGUUUCGACGGACUUCCAGAGAUGAUCCGAAUGAAAUACCUUGACCUCAAGAACAACGAUGAAAUUGUUACGGUGGAGGAAAAACCGCCACCGCCAGUCCCAAUGGAUUAUAACUGGGCUCGAGAACUAGGACUGAUACGCAAGCCUGCUUCAUUUAUGACGUCAAUAUGCGAUGAGCGCGGAAGUGAGCUGUUGUAUGCCGGUAUGCCAAUCACGAAGAUUUUCAAGGAAGAACUUGGAAUUGGUGGCGUUAUCAGUCUAUUAUGGUUUCAGAAGAGACUUCCAAAUUACGCCUGUAAGUUCAUCGAAAUGUGCUUAAUAGUUACCGCUGACCACGGUCCUGCCGUUUCCGGUGCUCAUAACACGAUCGUUUGUGCUCGCGCCGGCAAGGACUUGAUAUCUUCGCUAGCAUCUGGCUUGUUGACCAUCGGUGAUCGUUUUGGCGGUGCGCUUGACGGGGCUGCCAAACAGUUCUCCACCGCUUAUGACACUGGUUUGAUACCGAUGCAGUUCGUUAACAAAAUGAGGAAGGAAGGUCAGCUCAUUAUGGGAAUUGGACAUCGAGUGAAGUCGCUAAAUAAUCCGGACAUGCGAGUGAAGAUUCUGCUGGAGUAUACCAAAACGAACUUCCCGGCUACGCCAUUAAUCGAUUAUGCUUUGGAAGUUGAGAAAAUAACCACUUGCAAGGUCUUAAUUCUUAUUUUAGGUCAUUAUUUGGACCAGCGACGCUUGAAGCAAGGUCUUUAUCGUCACCCAUGGGAUGAUAUCACUUAUAUUAUGCCAGAAAACUGA